AUGGCAGACGAAGACGGCGCUAUGGAGCCCACUCUCCAGCCCCUCAUCGACCAGAAGACGCUGCGCUGGAUCUUCGUCGGCGGCAAAGGCGGCGUAGGCAAAACGACGACAUCCUGUGCGCUCGCAAUACAAAUGGCCAAGAACCGCAGAUCCGUGCUGCUCAUCUCGACUGACCCGGCGCAUAACCUGAGCGACGCGUUCAACCAGAAGUUCGGCAAGGAUGCACGGCUGAUCAAUGGGUUCGACAAUCUGAGCGCAAUGGAGAUCGAUCCAAAUGGGAGUAUACAAGAUCUGCUGGUGGCGGGGGGAGAGGGCGUGAACGAGGCUAUGGAGAUGGGAGGCAUGGGGAACAUGAUGCAGGAUCUAGCAUUCAGCAUACCAGGUGUAGACGAAGCCAUGUCCUUCGCUGAAGUCCUCAAGCAAGUUAAGUCGCUGUCUUACGAGGUCAUCAUCUUCGACACGGCGCCCACAGGCCACACGCUGCGCUUUCUGCAAUUUCCGACCGUCAUGGAGAAAGCGCUGGCGAAGCUCUCCCAGCUCUCCACGCAGUUCGGCCCGAUGCUGAACUCGGUCAUAGGCGCGCGCGGCGGCCUGCCUGGUGGCGCCAACCUUGAUGAAAUGCUCCAGAAGAUGGAAUCGCUACGAGAGACCAUCAGCGAAGUCAACACACAGUUCAAGGACGCGGACAUGACGACGUUUGUGUGCGUGUGCAUUCCAGAGUUCCUGAGUCUGUACGAGACGGAAAGGUUGAUUCAGGAGCUGUCGGGCUACGAGAUCGAUACACAUGCGAUUGUGGUUAACCAGCUGCUGUUUCCGAAGAAGGACAGUCCGUGCGACCAGUGCAACGCAAGGAGGAGGAUGCAGAAGAAGUACUUGGAGCAGAUUGAUGAGCUGUAUGAUGAAUUUAAUGUCGUGAAGAUGCCAUUGUUGGUUGAGGAGGUCCGGGGGAAGGAGAAACUGGAGAAGUUUUCAGAGAUGCUGGUCAAACCCUAUCAGCCUCCCGAGUAG